UCCAAGGCCGACGCGCUGGGCAGCGCCCUAUUGAAGGCAACGAACACGACAAGCGGCCUGCCGGCGUAUGGGGUGAAUACGGUGAGCGGCGAGCCCCACCGCGGCUUCGCGGGCGCGAGCGUGCUGCUGGCGGAGGCGCUCAGCUGUCAGGUGGAGUUGUGA